GUCAGGGCCCCACGUCCCGACUACUCGCGCUGUCGGGCGGCCCGGGUGCUGGCCGAGAGGAACCAGGCCGUGGUGCCGGUGGGAGCCUGGGUGGAAUGUGCCAGAGACUGGCCCGGAGAGCAGAACCCGGUCUUUCUUUCAGACAAAUAGAAGGCACAUGUGUCUAAGUGCGAUUGACCAGCUAUCACAUGAGUGAUGAAGACUUGGAGCUAAUACUACAUGGCUGACUGUGGUAUUUUUACAAUAAUCCUAGACAUUUUCCUUCUCCAACCAUCUCAGUUUCUUCACAACUUUCUUGAAAAUGUUGAGAUUUCAGCUCUUGAAGUGGAUGAGCAACUAAAGGAAAUCAAUAGAGCAAAACUGGAGAAUUUGAAGCGUUUUCAAGAUGAGGUGAAGCACCGUGUGAGCAAGUAUGCCCGAAUGCGCAAAAAGCAGCAACAGCAGCGAUCUUAUGAAGCAGUUGAAAGGGAUGAUCGUGUGAUAAAGCAAUCUUCUGCUUCAGCUGAACACCUCACUCCAAAUAAAGACACUUGCAUUUUUCGUGGUAGUAAUGCAGAGUUUGCUAUUUUUAGCCCAAGCUCAAGGUGGGUGCAUGCUCACGGGCUAGGCAGUGACAAAGAGGAAGAUGAAAAUAUAUUCAGUGAUCAAGCUCGGAAGCUCAGCAAAGUUACAAAACAGGCUCGGCAUAGGCUUGCAUCGUGUCAAACAGUACCAAAGGCGGACCUGCGCACAGCACUUCCAGGAGGAAUCUGGAGGGUGUCUCCGACAAGAGAUAACCCAGUAUCCCGAAGAGAGGCACAACUAAACAUCACAGAAGAUUUCGCGUGUUUGGAAGGCCAGCAUGAACUGCCUGCAGAGCUGCAGGAAUGGCCACAGAAACUGAUUGGUGGGAAACAUGUUACAUUCCAGCCUGAGCGACAAAAUGAAAAGAACCCAGUAUCCCAAAGAGAGGCACAAAUAAACAUCGCAGAAGAUUUCACAUGUUUGGAAGGCCAGCAUGACCUGCCUGCAGAGCUGCAGGAACAGUCACAGAAAUUGAUGGCUGGGAAAUCUGUUACACUCCAGCCUGAGCUACAACAUGAAAGGCCCUGUAGUCGACUUUAUCGUGAGCCCUACCUUACUGGUUCCUGUAUAGGAUUCAGUACUGACUAUAAGGCAGCACUCAUCCUGCGGCCUGGUGUGGACCAGGAAGAGAGUAAGAAACAGCGUGGUAACCAGUAUCUGAUGUACCGUCGCCUCUUCAUGGACAUUGAACGAGAGCAGGUGAAAGAACAUCGACGCCAGCAGGAGCAUGAGAAGAGGAUAGCAAAAAUUAAGGAGGAGAAGGAGAAACUAAGAGAAGCAGAAGAGAAAAGGAUGCUUGAGAUAACUCAUCAGAGAGAGCUAGUGGCUGAAAGUGGAAGGAUUGCUCAGUUGAAGGAAGAGGAGAAACAGAAGAGAGCAGAAAAGGUCAAAGCCCAACAAAACAGAGAGAGUACCAGAUAUAUAGAAGCUUUAAGAGCACAGAUGAUGGAGAAGAUUAAAUUACAAAACACAGAUCUACCUCCAAUCUGUUGUUGUGGAACCGAUUUCUGGGACUCCCAUCCAGACAAGUGUGCAAACAACUGUGUCUUCUAUAAAAACCCGAAAGUGUAUGUCAGAGCACUACAGUCUGUAUUAUCUUCAUGCGACGCUUGGGACGGACAGUGUAGAAAUACCUCAAUGAAGAAGAUUGCAUCAGUGCAUUUGUGUUCGGCCUGGAAAUAAUUCAGCUGCUCUGGGAAGCUAGAUUCACUCCAGCGAUUGAUCAUCACCAAAAAGACUGAUCUGUGGAGCUAUGGUCAGAAAAUGUAUGUGUGUCUUUUUAAUAACAAGUGGUUGAUAAAUUAUUGGUGGUGUUUUAUUUAAUUGUGAGAAAUUGAUUUCUUAAAAAUAUUUAAUCAUUUUUCUGAAUUUUGCAAUUGAAGACAAAAGGUUUGGUAAAAUUGAAAAUAUUUCCAAAGACAAUUUUAAAGAAAAACAAUGGUGAUUUCUAAGUUGGUUACUUCUAGUUUUAGUAAAGGACAGCUUAAUUUCCAAACGCACAAAUCAUUAUUUGACAUCUUACAAUUGCCUAUCUCUUCAAUUCACUUUUAUUUUGCUUUUAUUUUCCAUUCUUACUCAGUUUUAUAAAUAGGGCCCCUCAUGGGGAGAUGUCUUGAUUUGGGAAUGUAUCAAACUGUUAAAACCAGUUAUCUCCAGAUAAAUUUCAUGUCACAGGCCAUCUCAGAGAUAACACCAGCCUAAUUAUUUUGCCAGGGUAGGACGCAAGUAAGGGUGUUGUACUACUUUUCAUAUACAAAGCAGUUGUCGAUCUGCAGUUUGCCCUUCUCCAGGUUUAUACAGACUCUUAGACUGACAGCUAUGCUAUAAACUUGUAAAAGAACCCUGUGCUUUUGUCAGGAACAGCUAAGCUAUCAAUGAAGCAUCCCAACUAAAAUCUUCUGAGUAACCAAAUCUAACAUAACAAAGGGCAGAUUAUGCUGUCCACUGCUUUCAGUUUUUUUGUGGUGCUGUUGUUUGUUUCAUUUUCUUUUGUUUUAUUUAUGUUGAAGUUGUUUUAAUGGUAAGUCUACCAGUUAUGUUACUAAAAUGCCCUUUUCUUGGAGUUUAAUAGUCUGACCAAUAUGUGGAAUAAUUUAAGUAAAGCGUAUUUAGAUUUGUGCUGCUGGUUUCAUUUUAUGUGCAAUAACUUGUCUAAAGUGUGAAUUUGUGGUUUACAUAUUGAUGCAAUUUAUUGACCAAUAAAAUAUUUUAAAAACGC